AUGUAUGGCGUCUGCCACUGCAGAGCAGUACAACGCAUUCGCAUUUCCAGGCACAUGUCUUUAUCUCCGUGUCUGUUUGUCGUUCAGUUCCAAUUGACGUGUUCCAGGCUCAGUCACGCAUUCCUUAGGGUCGCGGAAGCGGGGGGAGGGAACACAGGAGAACUUCCAGAUCGAUACGCUUUAAGUUUGGGGCUACCACUCACGGAAUUCCAAUCCGGAUGGAGAAACGCGCAAGAUACAGGCCAGAUUCCUGUUGGAUUCCUCCAUUAUUCUACGGAACAAGCCGUUCUUGCUAUUUUCAGCUAA